CUGCACGUCAUCACCUGUUCUGAGUAUCCAGACACGAGUUUCACACUGCUCGGCGAUGCUCCGGACUCUUCUCCUUACGUCACCGCCGAUUUGACGUUCGUUCAACUUAUCAGUCAACUUCAAGGUGCCUUCUCUGUCAGACCCGGUUCUAAAAUGGAAUGUCGUGGCAACAAAUACGUGCUUGGUGACUUUUUCAUCAAAGUCAGUGUAGUUACCAUGGCUACCAGUGUAAAGGGAGUUUUAAUUGAGGUAAGAAUUUGCAUGCUUAUCAGUGACGUUCCGAAACCCUUGCUGAUUUCAGGUUGA